UGAGUCGUUCGUAGGAGUUUACACCCUGCAGUUUUCACGAAGAUGAUACCGCGUGUGUUUGCCGUGUUAUCGUUGCCGUCUGCCUCGUGGCUCUACCUCCGACAGAAGGCGAGAGAGGUCAGGCCGAUGACUGCACAAAUGGGUUCAUGAGCGUCGAAAGAAUGAACCAGGUGGUGGAUAACUAUUCCCCGGUCUCACCGUGGAACGAGCAAAUUAUAGCUCCGGGGGGCGCCUUCACUUGCAAUGGAAGUAUAAAAACACUGAUGUUUGGAGCAUUUUGGCGUGGCCGCGAUUCUGGACCACAAUUCCCCGAGUUUCAGAUAUGGAGACCUGUAAACGAGAACGUCUAUGAACUUGUGGAUUAUGCAAAUUAUACUAUACCGCAGAGCACUCUAUUCUACCAGUAUUCUCCUGCAGAUAACACUACCCUUCACUUUCAAUCAGGGGACAUUUUCGGUUUUUACCAGCCCAAUGAUGAUGAUAGUCGGUUGCGGCUACUUCUCGCAGCUCGUACUCCUCAGCCUGUACAGACUGUGUAUAACAGGAACAGCAAUCCAAGAAGUACUUUCAAUAUCAGCAAUGAGGACAGUCUGAGUAGGAAUCUCAUGGUUGCUAUUGUGACAGAGCCACCAGGGUGUGCUGGGAGUGGAUUCAUGACUAAUGAGACUCUGCGAUCUCUACUGGGACUGGAGGGAGUUGGUAGAUUUGUAAGUCGUGAUGAACGGCAACAAAUCACUCCAGACAUCAAUUUCACUUGCGACGGAUUCAUCACCAAAUGGAUUAUUGGAGCUCUGAGAGUUAAUGACUCUGACCUUAUCCCAGGUCCUGAACUUCAACUUUGGAGGAACAAUGGAAAUGAUACUUAUGUGAAAAUAAAUGGAACAUUCAUUGGCUCGGAGGCCUACAAUUACAGUCUGAUUUACGAAUACACUGAUUUUUCACCAGUUCCAUUCAAAUCAGGCGAUGUUCUUGGGAUAUUUGUACCACGUGCUGGAAAUAGUAUCCUGAGACUGAGAUCUGAAGCUGAUAAUGGCCCUCUCAAUUACUAUGAAACCACUGAUGCAACAGCAAGCGUGUCACCCUACAACGAAAUCCAGCUAUCUGACUUGUCAUCUUCAAUGAUCUACCACCCGCUUGUGUCUCUGGAGAUAUCUGUUAGUCAAAGUUCAGCACAGCCUAUGCCGGUAACACUUACCAGCACGGCCACAUAUUUGGAUUUAGUGGAGACAACACUUUCAACACCAUCAGUAUCUCUCUCAAUCUCUAGAGGCAUUUCCACAAAUGCAGCUAUAUCCUCAACGCUUAGCACUUAUCUUUCACAGUCUCCCACCCCUUCUCCUGGUACAUCUCCAUCAGUAACCGAGACCUCCAAACCUCCCACAUCAACGCGAGCUACUGAGCCCACACCUCCUCCAGGCACAUCUUCCCCAGACUCUCGGUCCUCCAAGUCAUCAUCAUCAUCAUCACAGUCCCCAAACCUCCCAGUGACCGAGACCUCCAAACCUCCCACAUCCACCAAAGCAGCUACUGAGCCCACACCUCCUCCAGGCACAUCUCCCCAGACUCUCGGUCCUCCAAGUCAUCAUCAUUAGGACCAGGGAUUGGAGCUGGGGUGGCUGUGGUUCUACUACUAGGCCUGCUGGUGGCCGGAGUGGCUCUGCUACUACUGUGGCUCAGGAGAAAGAGAACUGCUAAAGUGGUACUGCAGAAAGUCCCAACCACCGCCCUAAGCAACCCUGUUUAUGAAGGGUGUGAAGGAAGAACCAAUGGAAUUGCUAUUCAUGGGACCAUAACCAACUCAGCAGUGCAGAGCGAGGAGACCUAUGAAUCUCCAUACAGCCAGUAUGACUCUGUGACCAAUGGCGAACCUCCUCCACCUCGCAAAGAGACGCUGGCAGAGUUUGAUAACCCUCUCUACUCUGACACUGGACCAGUCACAGUCUCCGAGACCACUCCUACGAAACAACUGAGUUCAGAGAAACUGGAGGCAGCUCCCCUGGAGAAGAAUGGUCUUACGUUCCAACUAUUAUUCAGCGGGAGGCAAUGAUGAAAGCCGGUGAAAAUAUUUAUUCUACUCCUGCAAAUGAGGUAACAAAAUAUGGAGAAUCCGCAGAAUAUACAUACGUCAAAGCAACGGCAAAGUGUAAUAGUCAAUACUUUGAAGAGUCCAAUAUCUACUGGACCCCAGCCACCACUGUCAGCAAUCUCUAUGAGCAGCUGUCUCAGUACAAGUACAGAGAGAUCACCAGAGAGCACAUUGAAGUGGGUGACUUGUUGGGGUCCGGGCAGUUUGGAGUGGUGAGCCGAGGGAAGUGGCUGGCCAGAGGAGGCUCUCCGGUGGAGGUGGCUAUCAAGACUCUCAGGCCUGAGUCCGGAGAAGAGGACAAGCUGAAGUUCCUGCAGGAGGCAGCCAUUAAUGGCCAGUUCAGACACCCAACAUUGUGAGGCUCCACGGAGUGGUCACAGUCGGAGAGCCGGUGAUGAUUGUGUUGGAGUUCUUGCCAAAUGGAGACCUCAGAGAAUUCCUCCACUUCUUGAAAUCCAAUCCGAACCCUCCAGAGCAGAGCAAACUGAGUCAGUUGUGCCUCGGUUUCGGUCGGCAGAUUGCGUCAGGCAUGAGCUACCUCGCUGGGAAAGACUUUGUCCACAGAGACCUGGCAGCUCGCAACAUCCUAGUCUCCGAGAACAGAGUCUGCAAGGUGGCAGAUUUCGGAAUGGCAAGAGAUGUGGAAGAAGGUUCGUAUUACGUCUCACGUGGAGGCAAAAUUCCCGUCAAAUGGACUGCCCCUGAGGCCCUCCACUACAAGAAGUACUCUACAGCCAGUGACGUGUGGAGUUUUGGGUGUCUCAUGUACGAAAUAUGGAGUCUCGGACACAAGCCUUUUGAAGGCUACACCAACUCUCAAGUCAUGAACUUGGUGACUGAGGGGUACAGGCUGGCCCCGCCUCCUGGGUGUCCUCGAGCCAUCUACUCUCUAAUGAUAAACUGCUGGAACCCAGAGAAGUCGUUGCGGCCGUCAUUUGAGUCCCUCAGGCAGACCCUGAGCGGGGAGGCGUCCCUGCUGCUCCAGUGGAGAGAGGAGGACAGUGCUGGCCAGUCUGAGGCAGCCAGACUCCUCACUGCUCCUCUGGAGGCCGGCAAAGACUUGCACUCCGACCUCCAGGAGACCUACCUCAAGAAACAUUGACUCACCUUUUCUUUGUCACCGUCACAGUCCAGAUUUAAUGAGCAUAUCCAUAAUAAUAUACUUUACUGUCAAAGUCUAAUGUAAUGUAUAAGCACUGGCACGGAUGACUGUGAUACACUCAUGAAUAUCAAUGUGGUGAUGUACAAAAGAAGUUGUCACGUUCCAAUGAGUUGAUCUAUGAGACUACACAGUUCCAAGUCCUGGGAAUGGACCAGAGACGAAGCUCCGCCUCCUCCACUGCCGGUCCUGAUUCCAGACGACCCUCCUGGAACCUGGACAGAACACACACAAAGUCACGAGAAAGACACACACCAUUUUGAUA